AUGAAGAAGGUGACUGUAGGAGAGGAACUAGUGGGCAUUCUCCAGAACCAAAAAUCACCCUUGGAGAUAAGCUCCACUAAACCCUCCCCAAAGGAGACCCUCAUAGAAACAUCUCAGGGUCUGAUCCCUAAAGAAACACUCCACAGGCCAACUUCAAAAGGGGAGGCCACCCCCAAAGAGACCCCCAUAGAGACAUCCCAAGUACAGAUUCCAACAGAAGUGACCAGAACAGACUCUUGGGAGUCCUUCGUGAAAACACUCAUGGAAAAGAACUUCACAGAGGAAUCUCUAGAAGAGAUACCCAGAGAAACUCCCUCAAAAAGCCCCAGAGAAACACAGCAAGUAGAGAUUCCAGCAGGAGAAAUAUCAGAUACCCUAUCCUGGGAGUCCCUUAAAGAGAUACCUAUAGUAGAGACAACUCUAGAGAUUUUAAAAGAAAAGCCCCUUGGGGAACCUCCCUCCAGGAACUCAAAGGGAGAGCCUUAUUUGAACAUGCUAGCAGAAGAGACAAUCUCAAAAGAGAACCUUGAAGGAAGACCCUCAGGGGAGCCCCUCCAUGUGCAGCCCCCACCAGAGGAGCCCCCUCCCGAGGGCCCCCUCUCCAAGCUGCCCCCGCCCUUGCACACCCUUUAUGUGAGUCACUUGAACCCACAGUUCUCAGGGGCAGUACUCUCCUGCUUGCUUCGGGACAUGUUUGAGCGUCUGCACCUGCCACUGGAGCGGGAGGCCAUCAGGGUGGUAAAGAAGCAUCGUCGUGCUCAUGCCCUGAUACAGGUGCCUACUUCAAUAGCUUCCAGUACUGUGGCCCAGCAGCUACAGCAGGCUGCCGAGGAACAUGUGCUUCUGAAAGAUCUUGUAGCAAGGGGCAAGAUGCUGGCAGUGAGCGAGGGCCCACGGAUCCUCUUCAGCAGAGAGGUAGGAUGGGCAGGGCAGGGACCAUGGGGGCCGGGGUCCCAUCCCGGCCCAGCCCCAGCCUCUCGUCAGACUGGCCACCCGCCACCACAGCCUUCGCCCCACCUUGCAGGGGCUUCCAACCACUCUCCAAGCUUGCCCUGUGCUGCUCGCUCAGACAGUGCCAUUGUAAACCAAGAGAUUGUGGGGCAGGAGAAGCUCUUCUAUGGCGCCUUCCUAGGCAACGAAACACGCAACGUGGAGUUCAAACGCGGGGGCGGGCAGUACCUGGACCUGGCCCUGAAGCAUCACGUCCGCCGCUAUGUCUGUGCCUUCCUCAACAGUGAGGGUGGCAGCCUCUUUGUGGGCGUCGAGGACAGCGGGCUCGUGCGGGGCAUCCACUGUGGCCACCGUGAUGAGGACCGAGUGCGACUGCUGGUGGACUCCAUCCUGCAAGGAUUUAAGCCCCAAGUGUUUCCUGAUGCCUAUACCCUCACCUUUAUUCCUGUGGUAAAGGCAGGGAGCAGCAACACCGACCUGCUGAAGGUGAUCCGCCUCAGUGUGUACGGGCCCAGGACCCACGCGGAGCCGCUGCUCUACGAGACGGACCUGGGGGAAGUGUACCUGCGGCGUGAUGGCAGCAUCCAGGGCCCGCUUUCUGGCAGUGCCAUUCAGGAGUGGUGCAGGCAGAAAUGGAUCGCUGAGCUGCACAAGCUGCAGAACAAGGUCAGUCUCCUGACCCUGGAGAAGGAGACUCUCCAGCAACAGCUGAAUCGGGGCCUGUGCCGGCAGCUGUGCCAGCCCUCCUCCUGCAUCUGCAGCAUCAUGUGACAGGCCCAGGACCGGCCUGGCGCUCACUACCCACCCCCAGAGGGCAUCGUGCGUCUCUUUGGAUCCCUGCUCAGGCCCCUCAGCGGGCGGCCCCUAGGCAGGCUCCCCGUGCCCCUCCCAAUGGUUCUCAGCUGUUUGAAACCAGUGCCGGGCAGGUGCCACACAGGGCAGGACAGGUGGGGGGCAUGCAGAGGUCACUUAUAAAUGACUCAUUAUCCAUCCUCCACUUCAGGGGAAACUUCUCCCAGCCUCAGCUCUGAGAAAGCUGGCACUGCCUGCCAAUUUUCCUUCAUCUUCAAGCAACAACAUCGGCAUCCCGGAGCCCCCUGAGGGAGGAAGCUAGGAAGCUCCCGAGAAGCAUAGGUUUGUCCAGGAAGCACCUAUGUUCUCGCAUGACGGCCCCCGCUAGCCUGCUCCCUAUACAGGCCUGCUAGGAAUUGUUCUUCACAAAGCUCUUUAAUAAAGUCAGUCGUAUCUGGGCCAGCAA